UUAGCCUGCCCCACCAUGAGGUCUGGUGGCUUGGUGCUUCUUGUGGGGCUCCUCGCCCUCUGGACUGAGCUGACACCCACCUCUGGUCGGAGGCCAGCAGAGAAGCCUGGGCAAUGUCCUGGGGGUCAUCCAGGUAUGGUCGGACCCUGCGUGGUGUGGUGUGAAAAUGACUGGUCAUGCCCUGGAGCUCAGAAGUGCUGCGGGAAUUGCCCACGAGCAUGUACUGUUGUUGUCAGAGAGAAGCCUGGGAGAUGCCCCCCGAUUCGUCCAGGUACGGUUGGACCCUGCAUUGCAAAGUGUUCCAAUGACUGGUCCUGCCCCGGUGUUCAGAAGUGCUGUGGUGGAUGCCCACGAAAAUGCCGUAUUCCUGUCUAAGCUACUCUGCAGCAGAAGACCUUGGCUGGACCAGAUGCCCAGAAACAAUGAGUGGAGCUUAGCCUGUAUCAUCUGAAGACCUGCUGACCUCUCCAAAUACGGGCAUCAAGGCACCAUGAUCUGAGACCUUGGCUUUCCACCAACUUGUCUGGUUUCCGGUGGUUGAGCAAAGUUUGCUCCAUCAGGCAUCCAGGCAUCCUCUUUUUCUUUUGCACAA